AUGGAGACCACAGCAGGGCCGGCCGUGCUCUACCAAAAGCUGCUGCUCUGGGAUCCGAGCUUGGAGUCUGAGGAGGAGGAGACCUCAGAGCUGGUGGCUCCCGAUGCCUGGAGGCCCCAGGACGCCUCGGGGAACAAGGCUGGCAGGCUGCCUGGGGCCUGGGCCCGCCUGGUCGCGGCCCUGCUGCUGUUGGCCGUCGGCUUCUCCCUGGCGGUCAGGCAGCUCCACACCAGCGGCGGCUCUGCGGCCCCUGCACCCAGCGGCCACGCUCACCCCCCCGGCGUGUACCACCACGGGGCCGUCGUCAGCCCUGCAGCCACCUGCUCCCGCCUGGGCCGAGAGCUGCUUGUCGCCGGGGGCAAUGUCGUGGACGCCGGCGUGGGGGCUGCGUUGUGCCUGGCUGUCGUGCACCCUCACGCCACGGGGCUAGGUGCCAUGUUCUGGGGCCUCUUCCACAACAGCACCGCAGGCAGGUCGACUGCCCUGACGCCAGGCCCAGCCCGGACGCUGGCCCCUGGCCUGGGGCUGCCAUCCGCUCUGCCAGCCCUGCACCUGCUGCACACGCACCUCGGCCGCCUGCCCUGGCCACGCCUGCUGGUGGGCCCCGCCGCACUGGCUCAGGAUGGCUUCCUGGUGGAUACAGCCCUGGCCAGCGCCCUGGCCGCCCAGGGCACAGACGGCCUCUGUCCGCUGCUUUGCCACACUGACGGGACCCCACUGGGCCCCGGGGCCCGAGCCACCAACCCCAGCCUGGCAGCAGUGCUACGCAGGGCAGCCCUGGCCCCCACCCCGGACCUGGCCGGGGACGCUCUGCUGAGCCUGCUGGCCAGAGACCUGGGGCUGGAGGGACCCUCGCCUGGGCCCGCGGCCACCCUGGAGCCAGCCCUGCAGCUUCCUGUGCCCCAGGGCAUCCUGUCCACCACCCCCAGCCCCUCGGCUGGCCCAGAGCUGCUGGUGAGGGUGGAGGCAGCCUUGCGCCCUGGAGCGCCCAGCCCUGACCCCUGCCCGCCCCUCCCACAAGCCCCUGGGAGCCCUGGGAGCAGUGUCCUGGCCACCAUAGACAGCAGCGGCUCUGUGCUCCUUCUCAGCUCCUCGCUCAACAGCUCCUUUGGCUCUGGACUUCUGUCCCCAAGCACCGGGGUUCUGCUUAGCAACCUGGUGGCCGAGUCUGCAAGUAGUGGCUGGGCCUGCCCCCUCAUCCUCCAUGGUGGCUCCGACGACACAGAGGCUGAUGUGUUGGGGCUGGUGGCUUCAGGGAGCCCUGUGGUGGCCAGAGUCAUGACUCGUGCCCUGAUCAGUCACCUGGCGGGGCCCCAAACCCAGGCCCAGCAGCAGCAGCAGGGGACAACACAGAGCCCUAGCCUUUGUGGCCAAGGGACCCUGCUCCAGGUGGCUGCUCACGCAGAGCACGCCCAUGUCUCCAGUGUCCCCAGUGGCUGCUGCACCUUCCAGGGCUUCUAA